UCUCCCAACCGCCGGUCAACUCCCAGGGGAUUCAUUGACUGAUGGUUCCCGGCCUAGCCAUCGAUUUCUUGCCCGAUUAAUCGAAACAUCUUUUGAAUGAAAGCUAUUCAUGUAAAUAUAUCACUUUCCCUAUCAGACCCUUGACCUUCGAUCCUUGCCAUAUUAAACCCACUUACCAUAUAUAAGGACGGCAAUCCUAUAAGUAAAGGAGACGAACCCUAUUUUGAGGUAUUCUUGGCUAUACUACCGGUGUACGGUUAACUGUAUGAAUAAAGAUUUGGGAGCUUUAAUUAAGUUGCUCUGUACUCUUAAACAUGGCGUUAGAAGCAGUGAUUUACCCACAAGAUCCAUUCAGUUAUGGCUGUGCUGACUUUUACUCCUUGGGAGGAGGAGCUGCUUGGGGCUAUGACCUUGCUUUGCAGCAAGAAGAAGAAGAUAAAGCUCUUCUUGGGAUUCUUGACCACAAAAAAACACAGCAAGGCCUCCAUGCAGACUGGGAUUCCUCAUCUCCUUCGAUUAUGCAGAAUUUUAAGGAGAGCGAUCACAAUUCUUCCCCUGAGGCCUGCGCCGAUGAUCAAUCUUUUACCGGAGAAAUUCACCCGCCCUCGGCAACGCCAACAACAGGUCGGCGCAAGCGACGGCGCACGAAGAGCAGCCGGAACAAGGAGGACGUCGAGAACCAGAGGAUGACCCACAUUGCCGUUGAGCGCAAUCGCCGCAAACAGAUGAAUGAGUAUCUUGCUGUGCUCCGCUCCUUGAUGCCACCUUCUUAUGUUCAAAGGGGUGACCAAGCGUCCAUAAUAGGAGGCGCAAUUAAUUUCGUGAAGGAGCUAGAGCAGCUGCUACAGUUCAUGGAGGCCGCCGACAAGAGGACAAAGCAAGAACCAGACUCUUGCGGCUCUUCUUCGCCCUUGGCCCAGUUCUUCAUCUUCCCACAAUACUCAACGCGUGCCACAGCAAACGAAUCCAUGGCGGACAGUCAGUUGGCCGCGGCGGACAUAGAAGUUACGAUGGUGGAGAGCCACGCCAACCUCAAGAUACUCUCAAGGAAACAGCCCGGGCAGCUCUUGAAGAUGGUGACCGGGUUUCAAUCCCUGAGGCUCACGAUUCUCCACCUGAAUCUUACCACAGUUGAUCAAAUGGUCCUCUAUUCGGUUAGCGUGAAGGUUGAAGAAGGGAGCCAGUUGAACACGGUAGAUGAAAUAGCUGCGGCUGUUAAUCAAAUGCUACGAAGAAUGCAAGAGGAAGCUGCUUUCACCUGAAAAUUGAAACCGCUGCUACUUUUUAUUUAUUUAUUUUCUUUUCCUUAAUUUCUUUGUAAUUGGAGUUCUCUCCCUCUCAGAAUGACUGGACUAUUCUUGUUUUA